AUGGCAUUUCUACCUUCUUUUAUUCUAAGUGACGAGUCCAAGGAACGUAUCUCUAAGAUUUUGAAUCUAUCACAAACUGUGGCCCAUUACGGUUGGCUACCUUUUGUUUUGUACUUGGGUUGGUCUCACACCUCCAACAGACCAAACUUAUUCAGCUUGUUGAGCCCACUACCAAGUGUUUAA